AUGCCUUCCUGGUACAUCAACCAUAGUCCCAAUAUAUUCUCAGCAGCUGAGAAAGCGCAGCUCGCCAAAUCAAUCACGAACAUCUACGCCUCCCACGGCCUACCCACCUUCUACGUUCAAGUCCAUUUCACAGAGUACGACCCUAGCUCUUCAUUCAUCGGCGGCGAAACCCAUGCCAAAUUUGCGGGCAUAACGAUUUAUCAUCUUGCACGUGCAUUCCAGAGCGAUGAAUCUAAGCAGCGUUUCCUCUCGCGGGUUGACCAGGUCCUCAACCCUGUGUUCGAACCUAAAGGCAUGGAUUGGGAGUACUUCAUCACGGAGGCGCCGAGGGAUCUGUGGAAAAUAAAUGGCCUUGUACCCCCGCCAGCUGGUUCUGAGGGCGAGAAAGAAUGGGUGCGAGUCAACAGGGCUGUGAAGUACUAG